CAAAACACUCAAAUUGUAGCAAAAGUACAAAUUUUUUUAGUGAAUUAGUUCACUUGAGAGCUUAAUUAGUUCAAUCUCUGUGGGUUUUUGAGUGAUAAAAAAAAUGGUGAAGUUGGCUUUUGGUAGCAUUGGUGACUCAUUCAGUGUUGGGUCACUCAAGUCUUAUCUAUCUGAGUUCAUUGCAACCCUUCUCUUUGUUUUUGCUGGUGUUGGAUCUGCAAUUGCUUACAGUAAGCUGACAUCAGGAGCAGCAUUGGACCCAGCAGGGCUAGUAGCAGUGGCCGUAGCCCAUGCAUUUGCACUCUUUGUUGGAGUGUCCAUGGCAGCCAACAUCUCAGGUGGCCAUUUGAAUCCAGCUGUCACCUUCGGAUUGGCCAUCGGAGGCAACAUCACCAUCCUAACUGGCAUCUUCUAUUGGAUUGCCCAAGUUCUUGGCUCCAUCGUGGCUUGCCUCCUCCUCAAAUUCGUUACCGACGGCAUGGCAAUCCCAACCCAUGCAGUCUCAUCCGGGAUGAAUGCAUUCGAAGGAGUGGUGAUGGAGAUAGUCAUAACCUUUGCCCUAGUUUAUACCGUCUAUGCCACCGCCGCAGACCCCAAGAAGGGCUCCGUCGGCAUAGUCGCACCCAUCGCAAUUGGGUUCAUCGUUGGUGCCAACAUCUUAGCUGCUGGUCCAUUCAGCGGUGGCUCGAUGAACCCAGCUCGCUCAUCUGGGCCAGCUGUGGUCAGCGGAGACUUCUCUGAGAUUUGGAUCUACUGGGUCGGCCCACUUAUUGGUGGAGGCUUGGCUGGCUUGAUCUAUGGUGAUAUCUUUAUUGGGUCAUAUGGUGCACUCCCAGCCUCUGAAGAUUAUGCUUAAAUAGCCGAAAAAAUGCAGAAAUUAUCACGUGGAUCGGGAACACUGGCGUGAUCAUGUGCCUGUUUAAUUACAAGCAUUCAAGUGUUGGGCAUAAAGCGACGUGGUGUUUUGGAAACACCAGAUAACUUCUCCGAAAAAUGGGGACUAUCUCCUUGUGCUGUGCUGUGUGUGUCGAUUGUCAAAUGUUUGUGGUGUCUUUCUUUUGGUGUUGAGGUGUGCUUGUACUUUACACUAAUGUUAAUAAAAACAGAAGUAGAUUAUUUCUCA